CCCAAUUAACUCGUGUCUACUUUCCAUCCCCUUGCUUUUCAGUUUUCACUCUUCAGUUUUUCUAGUUCUUCUACUACUUCUUCUCCACUGUCCCUCUGACAACCAAGAACUGUAAAGAACAUAAAAAAGGAAAAAUAAGUUCUUCUUUUUUGGACCAGAAGGAGAGAGGAGGAGUCGUUCUUUAAUCUGCUCAAUUAAUAGAACUUGCUGUUGAGAAUAUUCUAUGGAGAAUUUCCUUCAAAAUGUCUUUGAUGAUCUAGAGUCAAUUGGUAGCAAAUUUCCGGAGGAUGAUCCAUUCGUAGUUGUACAGCUCAUGAGAUUAUUGAGAUGUGUGAAAAUGUUUUACUUUUGUGGAAGGACGAAGUGGAUUGCCAAUGUGCUGUGGGAAUCUGCCUUGUGUACAAUGGUGGAGACUAUUCACAAACAUUCUCUGGAGAUUCUGUUUCUUAGUCUCAGAUUGAGGGAGGAUGGUGAUGAUCCGCUGACAUUUUGUGAAAGAUGGGAGGACACGAUUGAUAAAUUUCUCGAGCCAAUUCAUGAAGAGUCAAUGGGACCAAGAUUUGAGGAACUGCAUCAGAUCUUCUCAGAUUACUCGUUGCGAACAAACUCUUCUAUUCGAAUGAAUAUGGAGGAACUUCUGGAUGCAAUAGACUGCCUUCUUACAUUUUUGCAAGGUUUUUAUAAUCUUAAGGACCUCGAAGAAACUAUAAGAUUCUUGAAGAACUUCGUUCUCUUUGCCAUGUUACCAGGAGUUGAACAUGGACAUAUGGGAGAUCUUUUGAUUCACGUUGAAGAAUUGCUUUUUGAUGCUGCAAGCUACAUGUUCUUGCUUUGGCUAGAUGUUGACUGCUCUUCUAGUGCGAACCAACUUUGGCGAAAUCUUGAGCCAGUUGAAUCCCACGUUUGUGAGAUUUAUGUUGGAGUCUUGCGCCAAGUUUCCAAAUUGUCACCUUCAUCCAACCAUCCCAUUCAAGGCAGACAUGCAUUGGUGUUUGGAAACUUUGUUGAUUCUCUCAUUUUUCUUCUUUUGAUGUUAUUAUUCUGCGGUACAAGGUUUAUAGACAUCUUUCUGCUUCGAAUGAAUACACUAUGUGAGGAACUAAGAUUCUUGAGAACCACUCUCAGAGAACACAUUGAUAAGGUUCAUGAGUUAAAUGAGAGGACUCAUGAUCUCAUUGCACCUAUGAUUUGUGAGGCCGGAAUUUUAAUUUUCCAUCUAUUCCUAGCAAAAGGAGAUGAAGAAAGUCUGGUUGAAAAACUAGAGCUUCUUUUUAAAGAUUUGGAGGAAAAAUUAAAGCGUAUCAAGUUGUCAGAAAAUGAGAGACCAGGAAAUACUCUAAUCUCUACAUGUCCUCAGACCAACUUGUUAGGGUUCAUUGAUUUGGUGUUAGAAAAAAUGAAGUCAUUCCUUCUUUUUAAGAAUGAUUCCAUAUUUUCUUCAGAACAGCAAAAGUUUCAUUCUGUGUAUGAUGAUCUCUUAUUUUUCAGAUCUUUUCUGAUUGGGCAACACGGUCAAAAUGGGAAGCUCCAAGCUUUAUGGAAAAGCAUUGCCGCGGUGGCUUAUGAGACAGAGUUUAUCCUUGAUUCUUUAGCUGUUGGUGGCACUCUUCAGAGCUUCAUUGUGCAUUUUAACACUGUCAUAGCAGAGUCCGAGGUUCUGAAGACGAAGGUCUUCGAAAUUUCCCACAGCUGUCUGAGGCAGGCUAUGGAAAUCGAAAAUAUUACUACGGCUCACCGUAGGAUACCAUCAGAACGGAAGAUCUCAAGUCUCGAUGAGAAUGUGGUGGGUUUGAAUGAUCAGGAACAAAUAAUCAUUAAUCGACUCAGAAGGGGGACAAAACAAUUGGAUAUCGUUUCCAUUGUGGGUAUGGCUGGGUUAGGGAAAACUACUUUGGCAAGGAAAGUUUAUCAUCAUUGCUCAAUCUCCCAUCACUUUAACGUUCGUUUAUGGUGUACUGUAUCUCAAGAAUACAACAAGAGAAGUUUGUUGCUUGACAUUUUAAGCAGAUUUGGCAAAUGUUUCGCCAGCGAGCACUUAGAAAUGACCGAAGAUUGUUUGGCUCAAAAGCUCUACCAACAGUUGAAGGGAAGAAGAUAUCUUGUUAUCUUGGAUGAUGUUUGGGAUACUGAAGUAUGGAGUAGUUUGAAAAUAUCAUUUCCAGAUGAUACCAAGGGCAGUAGAAUUCUCCUAACCAGUCGACAAUUGAAUUUGGUUUUGCAAAUCAAUCCAAACAGUGAACCUCACUGUCUUCGUGCACUCACCAAUGAAGAAAGCUGGGAUUUAUUUCAGACAAAGAUACAGUUCGAAGAAGGUUGUCCUUCAGAACUGCUUGCGCGUGGGAAGGCAAUAGCACAACGUUGCAAGGGAUUGCCACUGAUGAUUUUAGUAGUUGCUGGAUUGCUUUCGGAUGCGGAGCCAUAUACAUGGGAAGAAGUUGAAGAAAUCCUAGAGAAAGGUAGUGCAGUUGUUACAAAUCAGUGCAAGGAGACUCUACAGUUGAGUUAUCGACAUUUGCCUGAUCAUUUGAAACAAUGCUUUCUUUAUUUUGGAGCAUUUAAAGAGGACCAACAAAUUUCUGUUCGGGAAUUGUUGUGGUUAUGGAUCGCAGAAGGAUUCGUGCAGGAAACUAGAAGAAAGAGCUUAGAGGAUGUUGCAGAGAGUUACCUGAUGGAGUUAAUACAGAGAAAUCUUGUGAUGGUUGCGCAAGUAGGAUCUAGAGGUAACGUGAAAUCUUGUGUCCUCCAUGACUUGUUACACAACUUCUCCAUAUCAAAAGGCAACGAAGAACACUUCAUGCAUCGAGUACAUUGUCAAGAUCAGCCGAAUAUUUCCCCCGAGUCAAGCAUGUUGUAUCGAUUGCGGGGUCAUCUAAAGGGAGUGGAGGAUUUCACGGAGUCAAGACUGAGAUGUCGUCGUUUACGCACUCUGCUCUUCACAACUGAUUCCCAAAUGCUCGUUGCUGUACUACCUAGGUAUGGUUUUCUGUACGAGUUUUUACGAGCCAAACUUUUAAGAGUUUUGGACUUGAGCCUAAUAUGUAGCUUCCCGUCAUUUCCUUGUGUCAUUCAACUACUUGUCCACUUGAAGUAUUUAGCCUUCGGAGUCCACUAUGUAUGUUUAAAAAUUCCAGCAUCAUUUGCCAAUCUCUUAAACUUGGAGACUUUCCUUGUUCGGGGUGGUAAAGAAAUUUUGCUGCCAAAUACCCUGUGGAAUAUGAAAAAGCUAAGGCAUCUUCACGCAUAUCAUGGUCGGUGGGUAUUGCCUCCAGAGAUUCCAGAAAAUAGUUUAGAGAAUUUGUUGACACUCUCCGUUAUAAAAUUUUCUGGAGGUGAAAAGAUGAUGGAAGUAUUGAAGAAGUUACCCAAUCUCCGUCGACUAGGUUGUCAGGUUGAAGAGUUUGACAUUGUCGUGGUACUGGACUUUUUGAGUCAGCUGGAAUCACUCCACCUCCAUCUGACUAAAGUUGGUCGGCAUGAUGUUGAUCGCUUUUUAUUUAAAUUCCCCGGUACACUAAAGAAGCUCACCCUGUCAAGCUUUUGCUUUUCAUGGAGAAGAAUUUCAAUAAUUGACGGAUUACCAAAUUUGGAGGUUCUCAAGUUAGAGUUGAAUGCAUUUGAAGGGGAACAUUGGGAUGUGGAAGAAGAAGAAGGGACAUUCCCCAAUCUCAGGUUUUUGAAAUUGUACCGCAUGGAAUUAGCUAGAUGGACGGCCUCAGACGAUAAGUUUCCCUCUCUUGAGACAUUGGUACUGCAAGAUUGCAAAAACUUAGAGGAAUUACCAGAUUCCUGUUUUGCCCAGAGUUCAACUCUUCAGAUGAUUAAGGUGAUCAAGUGUCCACGAGCAGCGGAUUCAAUAAAGAAAAUUCAGGAAAUGCAGAUGGAUUUGGGAAAUGACUAUCUGAAGAUCCUUGCGGAUUUUGAAGUGGAUGAAAGGAGUUCAAGCGAAUAAAACUCGGGAGGUUUGGUUUCCUUAUGGAAUCAAUUUUGACAAGAUGAAGACAAAGAAAAUGAAGAUAAAGGGUAUGACGAUUACUAUGUAAGUUGAGAGUGAACAGAGGUGCCUAUGUCAAGAACAUCAAUGUAAUGUUUGAGUGAUUAUUGAAUCUUAUUAUUCUAGUGAAGAUAUAUAUUUUCUAUAACUCUUUAAGUAACAUAGGUUUGGUUUGGUUUUUAUUUGGCUUCUUUUGCCUUGGUGCAACAUCAAUUUGCUGUUAAUAUGCCUAGUGCUUUUAAUCUGUGUUUUGAAAAUUGGACCGGUGAUGGCGGUCUAACCGGUUAGCCCGGGAACCGAAAACCUCACUGGUCCGGUUUGCAUGAAAAACCGGAUUUUGUAUGAUCCGGUCAAACUCGGUCAAACCUAGACAAAAUCGCGGUUUGACCGGAAACCGGUACCGAUUGAACCGGUUUUGAAUAUUUUUUUUAAAAAAUUAAUUUUUAAAUAUUUUUUUAAUAUUAUUUUAACUGAUUUUUACUGGUUUUGAGGAAUGAACUAACCCGUUAACCUGAUAAACUCACCAACCCAAUUACGCUAAUGGUUCACCUUUCGGUCCGGUUUUGAAAACAUAGCUUUUAAUCUUUCUUCACAGAAUGAGGAUUUCUCAAAUUGAUGGGGAUUCUGACAUCCAACUAUCCAGAUCCCUCCUACUAACUUUAGAAGAGCAAUCAAUAAUGC